AUGUAUGAAUCCAACUUCACAUAUUUUUUGCAUAUAUGUAUAUUUCAUGACUCAGUAUUUUUGCCAGUGAUGGAAACUGAUUUUUAGUCAAUUAGUGGCGUAUAUUUUAUUAGAGGGUAACGCUUUUGUUGUGAAAAAGUCGUAACCGGAAGCGUAGUUUCUCUGGAGAAAGUGACGUCACCGAAGACUUCCCGAACUGAACUCUGGUAACAUCGCGAGGAUUCAGAUCAGUACAGUAUCAACAAAUCGGGUGAGAUAACAGAAGUUAGCGGAACAGAUCUCAGAGAAAGACAUCAGUUCAUACAUGCCGGCUAUUGGACAAUAUUGUGACCUGUUGUCUGUCUGCGGGUGAAAGCUCAAGUUACACUGAAAAGAAAAGGAUGCUGGAUUUGGAAACAUCGAUCACAACAGCUUAUUAAAAAUUUGUAAAUAUGAAACCUUAUGAUCAUGACUCGACCAUGUCUGGACGUGUCUCUCUCGCCGCAUCUGUCUCGAGUUAAACGGCUGGAACAAUGAGUGCCGUCGGGCUCUGUGGAUCAGGGCUUUCCCAAAGGCCUUGAUAUGAAAUCUCAGAUGCUCCGCUGGCUUUGCCUGCUCAGCCUGAGUCUUCCUCUGUUGUUUUGGUUUGGACAUGUGAUCAUACGGGACGGUCCUCCGCCUCCGGAGCCGAGCACCGGGCUCAGCGGCUACAUGAGGAUCACCCCGGGCAGGAUGCACCAGCUCCUGAACAUGCACUGCAGCCAGUGUGCCUUGGUCUCCAGCUCAGGUCAGAUGCUCAAAGCUGGUGCUGGAAAAGAGAUAGACGAAAUCGGAUGUGUGAUCCGGAUGAACAAUGCACCCACACGGGGGUUUGAGAGAGACGUAGGGAGCCGUACCAGUCUUCGGGUUGUGUCACACACCAGUGUUCCCCUGUUGGUAAAAAACGAGCGCUACUAUUUCCAGCAAUCGGCAGACACCACAUAUGUGUUCUGGGGUCCCGAAAGGAACAUGAGGCAGGACGGGAAAGGACGCAUCUUUAAUAUUCUCCUGAAAAUAGCAAAGAAAUAUCCAAACGUCAGCAUCUACGCUGUGACCAGAGAGAAGAUUCUGUACUGUGACAGCGUGUUUCAGAAUGAAACUGGAAAGAACAGAAUGAAGACAGGUGCAUUUCUCAGCACCGGAUUCUUCACAAUGAUCCUGGCUAUAGAUAUGUGUGACAGCAUCCACGUUUAUGGGAUGAUCGAUGAUAACCACUGCAGUCGGGCCAAUCACAGUGUUGUUCCAUACCAUUACUACGAGCGGAACAGAAUUGAUGAAUGCAGGAUGUACAAGGUCCACGAGCACACAAAACGCGGGGGCCACCGAUUCAUCACUGAGAAGGCCAUUUAUGCCAAAUGGGCAAAACGCCACAAGAUGGAGUUUAAACAUCCCUCUUGGAACUUUUGACAAAGAAAAUCCAAAAGCUGUCCUUCGACUCUAAGGUGGUGUUCAGUUUCGCUGGCUUUUGAUCGCCUUUGCUGGGGAUUUUAGCGUUGCCUGAGGAGGAACUUUAUCAAGUACAUGGAAUUGUUACUCAAGCUUUUAUAUGGAGUUUGACUUUUUUACCAACUCAGCAGUUUUUAGGUCAAAAGAAGCUGGCUCUUUUUGGGUAAAAUUAUCUGCUAUUACUGAUAGAAAAUAAUACAUUUUAGUUUCGUAUGCUUAAGAUACCAACACUUAACUGGUGGUUAAGUACCGCUGUCCGUGUUACUGAAUAUUUCCGUUAUCUAUAGCCAUAUAUCAGUAUAGAUGCUGAUAAAUCAACUUAAGCCACUAAACUACACAGUAAACCAGUUCAUACCAAAGCUUACAAUUUUAAAUGUAUUUUUAACUGUGCCUUUAUUUCUUUAGUUUUAUUGUGCACACUGUUUUACUUUAUGCUGCAAUCCAGCCUGUGUAAUUUAAAGCUACUGUGAGACAGGAAGCGUAUUCCUGUUAUCCGCGCUGUCAUUGGGUCAGUAUGUUAUCAAGAGCUGCAACAUUUAGUCCAUGAAUUGAUUAGUUGAUUGUCAGAAAAUCAAUUGCCAACUAUUUUGAUAAUCGAUUAAUCGUUUUAAGUAAU